AUGGAAAAAAACAUGAAAAAAGAACCAAAGAACCAAACAAUAUCUUACCUAUAUCCUCCUCCAUUAUUAACAAUUCGAAAUGAAGAAUAUCAACAACAUUCUUGUGAUGUUAAUAAUCAAAUAUCAGAUAAAACUAAUUUUCAAUGUUUAUCUAAUCAAAAAUUUAUUUCAAAUGAAAUGACAACCAAUGAUUCUUCUCAAAUAUCAACAUUAACUAAAUUUUGUUAUAAAAAAAUCUGUACAAAAUGUAUUCCCGAAAGUAUUCAUAAUAAUCAGGAUACAAAUCAACAGAUUAAUAUUGAUCUACUCUAUACAUAUGAUCCAUUUCAAGCUGGGGUAGGAUAUACAAUGAAUAGUUUUAUAUUAAAAAAAAAAUCUCAAUUGACAAAUUCUUAG